AUGCAAAGAGUCAACCACACACUGUUGACUGAGUUCAUCCUGACAGGAAUUCCCUACCCACCCAGGCUAAGGACACUCCUUUUUGUGUUCUUUUUAUCAAUCUACAUCCUGACUCAGCUGGGGAACUUCCUUAUUCUGGUCACCGUCUGGACAGACCCACAGCUCCAUGCCCGCCCCAUGUAUAUCUUCCUUGGUGUUCUCUCCCUCAUCGACAUGGGCAUCUCCUCCAUCAUUGUCCCUCGCCUCAUGAUGAAUUUCAGGUCAGCCAUCAAACCCAUCCUGUUCGCUGGCUGUGUGGCUCAACUUUAUUUCUAUCACUUUCUGGGAAGCACCCAGUGCUUCCUCUACACCUUGAUGGCCUACGACAGGUACCUGGCAAUAUGCCGGCCCUUGCGCUACCCUGUGCUCAUGACUGCUAAGCUCAGUACCUUGCUUGCAUCUGGGGCUUGGGUGGCCGGUUCCAUUCAUGGGGCUCUCCAGGCCAUUCUAACCUUCCGCCUGCCCUAUUGUGGUCCCAACCGGGUCGAUUACUUCUUCUGUGACAUUCCUGCCGUUCUGAGGCUGGCCUGUGCUGAUACCACAGUCAACGAGCUGGUGACCUUUGUGGACAUUGGGGUGGUGGUUGCCAGCUGUUUCUCUCUGAUCCUCCUCUCCUACAUUCAGAUCAUUAGAGCCAUCCUCAGAAUCCGUACAGCCGAUGGGCGCCGCCGGGCCUUCUCAACCUGUGGGGCCCAUGUAACUGUGGUCACCGUGUACUACGUGCCCUGUGCCUUCAUCUACCUGAGGCCUGGGACCAAUAGUCCCCUGGAUGGGGCAGCUGCUCUGUUCCCCACAGCCAUCACCCCUUUCCUCAAUCCCCUCAUCUACACUCUGCGGAACCAAGAGGUGAAGCUAGCCCUGAAGAGAAUGAUAGGAGGCCCGAGAACCAAGAGCAAGGUUUGAAAUGGUCUAUCUCCCACUGGGAAA